AUGCAAUCAGAGUCUACCGAAAUCUUCCAAAAAGCUUCAUCCAAUUCAUCCCACGUAGAAAGCUCCAAUACUUCCACCCAGCAUGGAUCACCGGACUCUAGCAUCCCAGCUCCCCCUGGAUUCCCUCGGGAACCUCGAGACGGUGACGGUCAACAUUCUAGACCGGAACUUCCUUCGGUCGGGGGGCGGAUUGCCGUCGAUGGCACCCAGACCGAGACGCGUCCCGUAGUCGAUUCCUUUUCGUCAACGCUGACCGAGACGGCUAGUCCCGGCAGACACAUUGUAACGUAUGAAAAUGCUCUUGUCCUAUCCGGAGACGAGCGAUGGGAAGGACCGGAUUUUCAGGUCAUUUCCAAUGGAUCUGCAUCCGCUCAAGGAUCUCUAACUGACUCCCUGCCGAAUGAAAUCCUCAUCCAUGCGUUUUCGCAUCUCAGCGCUCCUGACCUCAAUACGUGCGCUUUGGUUUGCCAGCGAUUCCAUUCGUUGCUGAAUUCGCCCUACGUAUGGAAAGCGGCGUUCAUCCGAUAUUUCCCUGGAAAUUUGCCGAAAGACCGCCGCAAGAGUGAUAGUGGCAUCGAUGGAGUGGCUCCCGUCUUUACUCGUCUAUCAAACCGUUCGACCUGGCGAAAGGAAUACAUCUUGCGAACGCAACUGCUCCGAGCCAUUGCGCGUGGCAAGCCACUGAGCGUGGAGGCGAACACCAGGGACAGGACCAACCAAUCUCCAAUACCAUCGACUCGGCAAUACCAGAAUCCUCUUGUAACCUACGAUUCGGAGCUAUUAUUCAACAUCGACCGGAUUGAUGGGACAUUCGGAACUGGCUUGGAUAUGGGACGGUGCAAGUUCAUCCAUGGCCAAUCCCUGACGGGCUUGUCCAGCAGAAGCGAUCCUGCAUCGCGUAAACUGGACGGCUGGGGAAAUCGAUGGGCAGUGAGUGCACAGUUUUCGCAGCUGCAUUCUGGCGAGGCGGAGUAUGGCCUUGGGUCCGGGUCUAUGGUGGGCUGCCCGAAUGUCAUGGAUAUCAGCCAGCACUACGGCGUCAUUCAUGGGGUCGGGAGUCCGCGGGGGUUCACGGAGUUCUAUUCCACCCAUAACCGCGAGGUCCGUCGCAUCUCCUCCGAGAUGCCGAUUGUGGGGGUUCUUGAUGAAGGUGUGCCUCAAGUGGAAGAUCUGGGAGCGAAUUGUGCGGUUUGGAUCACGAAGUCACGCAACAUUCCUUUCCUCUCUAAUGGACUUGCUGGGAUGCUGGUCGGCUCUGCCUCUGGGAUCGUGUCGAUGUACACUGUAGGCGGACCGGACGCCACGCGAGAGGCUCGCCUUCAGCGUGGGGACUUAACAGCUCGCUGGGUCCUCUCCCCUGGGGUUCCGAUCAUUGCAUUCGCAGUCGAUGAAGAGUACUCGCUGCGUCGUCUAAACCAGAAUCGAGUGUGGGCGGUCGCUUUAAAUGCGCUCGGAGAAGUGUUCUACCUGUCAAAGUUUCCCGUCUCCCCAGACGCCGCUUCAUGGCGAGACGCAAAUGAAGUUCGACGGGAAGCCUUGGCUUGGAAAGUGGGACGGUCCAUCUACUGGAACCUCGUCGAAGCAAGUCGGAGACGCGCUCGGCCUGAUCCCUACCACGACGCUGAAACCGACGGCAGCUAUACUCCUCGCAGCUCGUGGAUCGGCAUGUGUCUAGAUGGUCAACAACUUGCAGCCGAAACACGGGAGAUCGAGUCCUUCCUUCGUCUGAAACCGAUGGAAUUCCGCAACCGUUGCGUUGGUUGGGAGAUGAGACGCAAGAUGGAAGUCGACUUUGCUGGAGAUGAUGGGCGUAUGGCUGGAGAAUCCGUGGUCGUCUUUAUGAACCCAGAAACAGAUGGUCUUCCGGACAUUACUCGAUAUUGUCGAACCCGCAUUCUCGUUGGCUCCCUUGACAUGGAGAAGACGGUUGUUCCUCACUCAGCGAUGGACCAGGAGACACAGAAUGGUGAUCACCGGUCCGUCUUUGGCAAUCGUGUUGUCUCUAAGUCCAAAUCCCCUGCUCCUGGAGAGGAUCCGAUGCCCGACGGUAUUCUUUCGUCGAAUGUCGCUUCCAACCAGUGUUCUGAGGAAUGGAGGCUAUCCAAGUUGACAUUUGGUCUGUUGCGUAACGUCUCCAUUACCGUCACGGCUCUGGACAUGUCAAACCCCGCUCUGACCACGGCGUCAGAGGAUAUGUCUGUGUCUCGUGACGACAAUUCCGAUCCACCCUCAUCAUCCGGAUCGUCGAUCUCAGAGCGGACGGCGUUUGACAACGGUAUCAAUGUGCCAGGCAAAAAUUCGCGGUUUGUCGGCGUCGGAACCACGAAUGGUGUCGUCUUUCUUUGGAAUAUCCGCGCUUCUCCUUCUCCUUCCAUGGAACUUGUCAACAAUAUUGAGCCAGUAUGUGUUAUCAGGACGGAGUCUCCCUCGAUUACCAGUCUAGCCAUGACUGCACUCUGUGUUGUCCAUGGUGGCGAAGAUGGGGUGGUGCAGAUCUGGGAUCCUCUUGGCUCGAGCACAAGUGCUGUACGCACGCUGAACUCCAGGUUUACUGCUCGGUAUCAUCGUCAGCGGUAUCGACGGCUUACAUUCCCCAUACCCGAUCAAUUUUCCAACUCGACUGGGGCUACCGCCAUCCUCCUUGACCCCAACCCCACUGUUCUGCGUGGAAUAGUGGCGCUGGGAACCGAUCUCCGGUUUUGGAGCUUUAGCUCUGAUAUUGCCAAUGACCACAAGAGAAGCAAACGCCGGUUGCGCCGUGGAGAUCGAGGUAUCAACGAUCAUGGCGAUCGAUUUGCGCCUUCUGCUCGGGGUUCCAGCUUCCAGAAAUAUCUUGCCCAUGAGGUACGUGAGCUGGAGCGUGAGCGCGAGGAACGUCGCAAGGAGCGUGAACGUCUGUCUGGAAGAUUUGGUGUCGGUCUUCUCGAUAACGAGGAAGAAGCUUUGGCCUAUGCCGCCAUGCUCUCUGAGCAAAGUCUCCAGGAAGAUAUUGACCGACGCGAGAGCGAGUCGAGCGCAUAUGCGAGCGAUAGUAGCGUGCCAGUCUCGCAAACUGCGGGUGCCUCGUCCCCGUCCUGGGUCGUUGAAGGCGACGACGAGUUCGAGGCUCAGAUGGAGGAGGCUAUGCGGCUGAGCCAGGAAACCGACCAAAGUAUAUCCGAAAGCAUCGACCAAGCUUCGUCGUCUCGUCCUCAGGCUUAUGAUAUUCCCAUUCGUUAUGCGAAAUCCCGGAGUCCAAGUCGCCGCCAUGCGGAUAUCGGCAGGAGCCCCAGCCUUGAAGCAGAUAUCGAAUUUGCGAAGCAGCUCAGUCUUGCAGAGGAAGAAAGUCGACGAGAAGCGGACCUUCGAGAAGAUGAAGAAGAGGAUUUUCCCGCUCUUGACCCACGCGGCGGUAAAGGUAAACUAAGAGCAUGA